UUUUAGGGUUCUUGUUUUUGUCUUUCACACACAUGUAUAGCACAUGCCACAAAGAGUACACAAGGGGGUAUGUGAGAAAGUAAAACCACUCCACUUAGAGGUAUAAAAAGGUGGGUGAAGUGGGUGCUUUUUGGGGUCACACUUACAACUUUGAAUUAAAGGGCUCUCUCUCUAUAUACUUUUGGAGUUUGUAAAAGUGAUCGAUGGGAAGGCAACCUUGUUGUGACAAACUUGGUGUCAAGAAAGGCCCAUGGACUGCUGAAGAAGACAAGAAGCUUGUCACUUUCAUCCUCACCUAUGGCCAUUGUUGUUGGAGGGCUGUCCCCAAGCUCGCCGGCCUCCGACGUUGUGGCAAAAGUUGUCGUCUUCGAUGGACUAACUAUCUCCGUCCCGACUUGAAACGUGGCCUCCUCGAUGAAACCGAAGAACAACUCGUCAUUGACCUCCAUGCUCAUCUUGGCAACAGGUGGUCAAAGAUUGCGGCGAAAUUACCGGGAAGAACAGACAACGAAAUAAAGAAUCACUGGAACACCCACAUCAAGAAGAAGCUAAUAAAGAUGGGUAUAGAUCCAGUAACACACCAACCUCUAAAAAAGCAACAAACGGAGAGCAGCAGCCAAGGAAGCUCAACUGAUUCCUCAGUAGCCAUAACGACUCCAUUAUCAGAAGCAAAUAGCAAUGCGAAAGAACAGCCAUUAAGCAACCAUAUUUGGAUGGAAGCUCUUGAUCAAGAUGAAUCAUGGUGGAAUUUCCCAACAUGGGGAACUGAAAUCUACAGCGAUUUCGGAUUGUAUUCUUCAGAGGAUAGCUUGAAUCGGUUGUUGGAUUACUACAAAGAGCUUGGAGAUGAGGAUUUUGAGUUGAGUUCUUUGGGGGAUUUUAACAGACUGGUGGGCAUAGCAGAAAAAAACUGAUAAAAAUAAUUCAACAUUUCACUUCACUACAUACUCAUCUAAUUAAAUCAUAAAGAUUGGAAAUUUCAAAA